GAAAACUUUUGUUUGGCCGCCUUAAAGCAGAGAAGUGAGUUUAAGUCAUAAGGCUGGACCCGAAUUUUUCAGUGUCGCCUGGUUUUAAAGGGAAACAGCGCGGACACACCGCGGUAGGCUAAUAUUAACAUGUGCAACAACAACGUGGUGGACUAGUCUGUUGGCAAACACCGUAGCACGAUUGACACGAGAUGAUCUUAUCGAUGAGCUGACAGCGGUUCUACUAAUCACAGCAAACGAUGGCGAGCGGAAAUCACACGGUUGUUUACUUGUCUGAGCAGGUGGUCGUUUUGUUUUCGUGCGCGCUCUCGUUUGUGGGCUCGUCCCUGAUCAUCCUCACCUACAUUAUCUGGUCCGACUUGAGGACCACUCCGAGGAGACUCCUGGUCUACCUCUCGGUGUCAGACUGGCUCUCCGCCGUCUCCUACGCCUUCGGAGUCUGGAGCGUUUUCCAGACCGACUCGGUGGAUUGCAUCGUUCAAGGAGCAGUAUCCACCUUCGCGAACACCAGCUCUUUCUUCUGGACCGUGGCCAUAGCCAUUUACCUGUACGUUUUCAUCGUGAGGUCCAGUCAGAGAGUCGCCGACAGCCUGGAGCUGAUUUUCCACCUGGUCAGCUGGGGUGUUCCUCUGAUCAUCACUGUUGCAGCCGUGUCCCUAAACAAGAUUGGCUACGACGCAUCAGAGGUGUCCGUGGGCUGGUGCUGGGUCAGGAUCCACACUCCUGACCGGGUCCUGUGGAUGCUGCUGACCGGAAAGAUCUGGGAGUUCCUGGCUUACCUCACCCUGCCCGUCCUCUACAUCCUGAUCAAGAGGCACAUCCACAUCGCGCAUGCUGCCCUGUCCGAGUACCGUCCCAUUUUGGCCCACAGGCCUCCAGCCCACUCCUUCUCCUCCAUGGCUGAUAGGAAGCUAACACUUAUUCCUGUCAUCUUUAUCGUCCUGCGCAUUUGGAGCACAGUGCGCUUCAUACUGCUGCUAGCGGGCUCUCCAGCCAGACAGAGCCCAGUGCUGGUCACCCUGCAUGGAAUUGGCAACACCUCGCAGGGAGCAGCCAACUGCAUCAUGUUUGUGUUGUUCACUCAGCCGCUCCGCUCACGCCUGUGCACCACGCUCUGCUGCUGCCGCUCCAAGUGUCGAGCAGAGGUGCAGCACUCGCACGACACCCGUCACAGGCUGCUGCCGGGACAGGACGCGUCCACACUGAGAGAGGAAGACAGCACCAGCCGAGCCGGGACUGACAGAUGAUACUUGAGAGAAGGGAGACAAAGGCUGACAUUAAGGGAGCGAUGGUGGUUUGGCCUCUCAAGCGCUGGUGCAUGCUCAUGUUUGUCACAGGAGAAGUCACAUGCCUGCACUUUGGGCGAUGAGGAUGAUGCCGCCUGAUUGUACGCCAGCAUUUGGUCAAGCAUUUUGAAUGUGACAUAAACUGCACAUACAGAUCAAUUUCGUACUGUGGUUUUAUAGAUGUGCUGUAUAUGAAACCUUUGAAGUGCCAUUUCACUUUAAGUCGAUCUUUGUACAUGUUUUGAAACAUGGUCACAUGGCCAAACACAGCUGCAGUUAUGUUCAUGUUUUUACAGUCAAGUAACAUAUUUAAAAUGUGUUUUGAUUUUUAGAAAGAUUAUCACUUUAAUAUAUUCUGCUAUUUAACUUUAAAAAAUUUUCAGUGUAUAUCCAAUAUGACUUUGGGUGUGUUUAUAAGUUUUGCAAGGAACCUGCUUCCAUCUGACCAUCUCUUGAAAUAUAGUCAAUCAAAAGAUGACAUGGGCACAGUUUUCUGUCUGUUCAGUUCACUUAAAUACAUACACCAGA